ACUACAAAGGCCACCGCUGCUGGCUGGGCAGCCUUCCCCUAUGAUCACAUGACUCUGGACAUGGACGCGGUCCUGUCAGACUUUGUUCGGUCCACUGGGGCCGAGCCGGGUCUGGCACGUGACCUGCUCGAAGGUAAAAACUGGGACCUGAGUGCGGCGCUGAGUGACUAUGAGCAGCUCAGACAGGUGCACACGGCCAACCUGCCGCAGGUGUUCAACGAGGGCCGCUACUACAAGCCGGCCGAGCACGAGAGCCGCUACUACAAGCCGGCGGAGCGCGACUCCACCCCCCAGCACGUCAGCAAGGUGGAGCAGAGCCUACAGCGGCCCGAGGAGAACACACAAGAGAAGCGCCUGUCGCGGGGCAUCUCCCACGCGAGCUCUGCCAUCAUGUCGCUGGCGCGGCUCCACGUGACGGGCGAGGUGGCGCGCGAGCAGUUCCCGCUGGAGAUGCCCAUCUACACAUUCCAGCUGCCCGACCUCAGCGUCUACAGCGAGGACUUCCGCAGCUUCAUCGAGCGCGACCUCAUCGAGCAGUCCACCAUGGUGGCCCUGGAGCAGGCCGGUCGUCUGAACUGGUGGUCCACUAUGUGCACGAGUUGUAAAAAGCUGCUUCCUCUGGCCACCACUGGGGACGGGAACUGCCUGCUGCAUGCUGCCUCUUUGGGUAUGUGGGGCUUCCAUGACCGGGACCUGGUGCUGCGGAAGUCGCUGUACGCCAUGAUGAAGAGCGGGGCGGAGCGCGAGGCCCUGAAGAGGCGCUGGAGGUGGCAGCAGACGCAGCAGAACAAAGAGUCAGGGCUGGUGUAUACGGAGGAGGAGUGGGAGAGGGAGUGGAAUGAGCUGCUCAAGUUGGCCUCCAGCGAGCCACGCACACACUUCAGCAAGAACGCCAACACCAGUGGCGGGGUGGAUAAUUCGGAGGACCCUGUGUAUGAGAGCCUGGAGGAGUUCCAUGUGUUUGUGCUGGCCCACGUGCUGCGGAGGCCCAUCGUGGUGGUGGCCGACACCAUGCUCAGGGACUCCGGGGGGGAAGCGUUUGCCCCCAUCCCCUUCGGAGGUCUGUACCUGCCCCUGGAGGUGCCCCCCAACCGCUGCCACUGUUCCCCGCUGGUGCUGGCCUACGACCAGGCCCACUUCUCCGCCCUGGUGUCCAUGGAGCAGAGGGACCAGCAGCGAGAGCAAGCCGUCAUUCCUCUGACAGACUCGGAACAUAAGCUGCUGGCGCUCCACUUCGCUGUGGAUCCAGGCAGAGAUUGGGAGUGGGGGAGGGACGACAACGACAACACCAAGAUGGCCAAUCUCAUUCUGUCCCUGGAGGCCAAGCUAAACCUGCUGCACAACUACAUGAAUGUAACAUGGAUUCGAAUUCCCUCAGAAACAAGGGCUCCUCUUGCCCAGCCGGAGUCUCCGACCGCCUCCGCGGGCGAGGACGUCCAGUCCCUGGCGGAGUCCAUGGACUCGGACCGCGAGUCGGUGUGCAGCAACUCCAACGUCAACUCCAACGGCAGCAAGUCCAACGGCAAGGAGAGCAAGGACAAGGACAAGCAGCCGCGCAAGGACAAGGACAAGACGCGCGCCGACUCGGUGGCCAACAAGCUGGGCAGCUUCAGCAAGACGCUGGGCAUCAAGCUCAAGAAGAACAUGGGCGGCCUGGGCGGCCUGCGCGAGCGGUCAGACAGCUCGCCGCCCGACAGCUGCUCUCCGGUCCUCCACCCGGCCCUGCACCACCCGCAGCUGACCUCCAGGCUGGCCGACAGGGGCAGCCCAGUCCUGUCCACCCUCCCCCAUCCCCAUCCCCGCCCCGGUCAACACACACACCUCGGCGCCAGCCUCCGUGCCCUCCCCGGUGCCCUCCCUGUCCUCCAUGUCGCCCGUGCCCUUCUCCUCGCCCAGCAGUGCUGCCCGGCGGCCCGGCUCGGUGGGUCCGGUCCCGGUGUCGGCCCACUACAGCCACACGCCGCCCGUGCAGCGGCACAGCGUGAUCCACCUGCGAGGCGAGGUGCACGCGAGGUGGCGCGCGAGGAGCCCGUGGCCCCGUCCUGCCGCCCGCUGGCGCCCCCUCCGAUGGGCACGCUGAAGACGUGCGCCACGUACCCGCAGCAGAACCGCUCGCUGUCCUCGCAGAGCUACAGCCCGUCCCGGCUGCCCGCCCUGCGCACGGCCGCCAACGCCGCCGCUCACGCCGCCGGGCACCACGCCGGCUACGGGCACCACGCCGUGGGCAGCUACGGGCACCACCACCACGACUCCCUCCUCUCCUACACCAUGGCGGGCGAGCACAAGUCCCACACCUACAACGGCUUCCACAUCAACGACAUCCGCGACUGCCUGGAGUUCGCCGACGACGAGCCUUCCCCUCACGGCCACUGGCUCGGGCACCACGACAGAACCAAAGCCAGCGGCGUUGGCACCGGCAUCACAGGCACGGGCGGACUCGGGCCCGCGUUGGGCACGGCCGGUGGGCGCAGCGGCGGCCCGGGCUCCGGUUCCGUCUCCA